AUGGCUCCAAACUUUUACAGACCAGUCGAACUCGUUUCAGAGGGAGUUGUGCCACCUGAGACAGGCUCCAUUGUUUCCUCAGAGGCGAAGGAAGCAGCUCCUUCCCAUGUUACAAAACAAUCGGUUAGCCACAGCGCUACUGAAAUACUUGGGGACAACAAGUUGCUGGACGGAAUCUCUGUGAGAUCUCCCACAUAUUUGAACAAGUUUUUCAGCUCGUGGCGUCUAAACCUCUCUGGUCUCAUCGAGAAUACAUGCGAUACUAUCGAUGAAAAAUCGAGAAAGUACUACAGUUAUGAAAGGAAGCUCACGACAACUGUGGCCAACUUACACUCUGAUCCCCGUGAACUGCUUUUGCCUGGAAUGACAUAUUCUUUGGUUGCUGCUAUGUCUGGCUCUGUAUUGACAAGGAACAGAAACAUCUUGGCCAGAAUUAUGGCACCUCUCGCCUUGGGUGCCUGCUGCUUCUCUUACGUUUUACCAGUGACGUCCUCGAAUACGUUUGGACUCCUCUUCGAUUUGGAAAAGCAGGCCUUUCCUCGUUUUGCACAGAACCAGCGCGCUCUUUACAACACCUGCAAGAACACUGUUCACCAGACCAUUGCUGUUGCGGGGCGCACGAGCGACGCUAUCUCUGGUUCUUUCUCCAAAAGUAUGCACCUGGUAAAGGAGUGGACGGGCUUGAACGUUUAG